AUGCCCGCCCUCCGCAGCGGCCACCCCGCCAUGCUCCCUCGCAAUCGCCGGCGGUCAUCCCAUCUCGCCCUGUUCACCCCCGCCAAACCUGGCGUUUACGGCGUCGGGAUCCAGCAACCCGCCCCACAGUCAUCCCAGCAAACAUCGCCAUCCUCGCUCACCGGGCUUCCCCCCAGACCGAUAAGCUUUGCUCCCAAUGUGACGCCGGGUACCUUUGUCGAGUCUGAGGACUCCUCGCCGACCACGCCCGAACCCCUCUCGCCGAACUCGCAGCCGAAGUUGUUCCCGCCGUCCGAAACUCCGGCCCCGCCGCCUGCUCGCAAACGGUGUCCUCCAGGGAAGAGGCGGAGCCAGGGAUAUAUUCCCAGGCCGCCCAACGCCUUCAUGUUGUUCAGAGCGGACUUUGUGCGCCAGAAACACGUACCUGGGUCUAUUGAGACUAAUCAUGGCAGCCUAAGCAAAAUUAUCGGAAACUGCUGGAGAUCGCUACCGUUGGAAGAGAAGAAGGUUUGGGAGCAAAAGGCGAAGCAAGAAAAAGCCGCCCAUAAGAUCCAGUACCCCAACUACCGCUUCCGACCUGUCCACAACAAAAAGAAGAAGCAGGCUGAGGCUGCUGCACGGGCACAGUCUAGCGAUCCGGAGAAGCGCAAGCAGGAUGUUUCGCCAGAGGAGGAAAUCCGGUGCGAGGAGGUUACUCAGCUUCUGUUGGAAGGAAAGAAGGGUGAGGAUCUGGCUAGGGCUGUUCGCCAGUUGGAGGAGUUGCGGAAGCAGCGAAUUCGAGAGAUGCAGAAGCUCAAGGGGCAGAGCCAGACGCCGGGACCUUUUCCUUCGAACCUCACGAUGCCUCAGAGGAACAUCGCGUUCCCUGGCGGUAUCAUGACCGCUCCCCAGCCCACAUACCCCCCGGGUUCCUUGCUUUCUGGUAACAGCAACGGUUCAUUCUUCCCUGGCGACAACGCUGCUGCCGGAAGCUAUCUCCACCUUCGUCGAUCAUCGUCAGUUCCCCUCCCCGGCGCUUACAACGGCGGCUUCGACUUCAACAACUUCAACUUUGGCGGCGGUCCUAUGGACUUCUAUAUGCCUCCUCCAUCGUAUCCCGAGUCCCAACAGCAGCACCAACAAGACCAGCCCAUGGGCGACUCGAGUGCUGGAAUCGCUCUCCCCAGCGUCCCAUUCCUGCCACCUCCGAGCUCAUCGGGUAUCGCCGGGAUCGCCAACUCAUCGUUGGACAGCCAAGGCCCGGUGGACGACUCGAACAUCAACCUGAACGUCGCAUCGAUCUCCAAGCAUCAGCAACGAAUGCUCCUCGGUCACCGUCGAAGCUCCAGUGCCGGUCCCGCGUUCGGUGGAAUGCAACGAAACUGGACCGCACCGUUCGACAACAACAACUUCGGAUACGGCUACUUCAACGGCAUCCCAGGCUCGGCUAUGGAGGGCGAUUACCAGUCGGGCAACAUCGUACUGCAACGCGAUGACUCUCCUCUCCCAGAAGCCGACCUCAGCUUGUUCGACCCCAACUUCUUCAACGCGACGCAGAACACAUCUGCCCCUGUCCCGGCUCCUGAAGAUCCCAACGCCCCUCGCAGUAAUGCUGGAACCACCAACACCACCCCGAAUGGCGCCUUCAACGUUACCGAGUUGAUGCACGGCCUUCCUCCCACCCUCGGUCCUCUCGAUACCACCGGCAUCCAAUCUGGCGUCAGCCCUCACGACAUGGUUUCCCCCGCCGAUUCUUACUGGUCCAACGACAACAACGCGAACAUGUUCCAGGCUCAAUCCCAGCAACAAGGACUCGGUCUCGAAAUCGGCCCUACGGAUGUUCCCCCAGACUCCACGGUGCCCAACGCGACCACCUCGGGGCCAACGUUCGACCAGAUGUAUCUCGCCGAGCAGGAUCAACAACGAGCUAUGGAUAUGAACUACGGCAAUACCGGUGCUUACCCUGACGCCAACUCGUACAACUAUGGUCCUCUCGACAUGGGCGUGCACGGCGGCGUGCAGUACGUGGAAUGCUAG